AUGACGACGGUGGCCGGAUUACCCAAAUACGUGGUGCUGAAGUCCAAGAACGACGGGAAGUACCUCCACUACCUCUGGAACGACGAGUUCGGCGAGUACUACAAGGAUCUCGGCUGCAAGCGCGACGUUGACGUGGUCAACCCAUUCGUGCAACUCGAGGUGGUCCCAUCCACCGCCGACGCGACCCUCAUCCACCUCCGCUGCUCCUACAACAACAAGUUCCUCCAGCUCACCAGCAAGUACGGCGUGUCGUGGAUCUCUGCCACCGCCGACGCCGCCGAGGAGGACAAGACCAAGGCGACCUCCACCCUGUUCCAGCCCAUCUUCCCCGCCGGCGAGCCCAGCACCGUCGGGUUCCUCCACGUGCAGACCCAGCGCCACCUCCGUACUUUCUACAACAAGGACUACAGCGCCGAGAUCAACUACGUCGCCUGUGUCUACACCAACGAUGGCACUGGGUAUCACCGCUACGAGUUCGCGGCGUGGGAGUCGUACGAGGACAAGAUGAAGAAGAAGGACGAGGAGAUCCAGAAGCUGAAGGCCGGCGACGGAGAGAGCCUCACCGCCGACGCUAUAGUGGCGGAUCUGAGGAAGGAUAUCGCCGAGCAGAACGCGCAGCUGGACGCCGCGUACAAGGAGAUUGAUGAGAAGGAUGCACAGAUCAAGGCUAAGGACAAGGAGAUUGCGGCCUUGAAAGCAGCCGCCGGCAAGUGA